CAAAACAAAACAAGAGAAAAAUCUAAUGGAUGUUGGUAAUAACUUUGGAGGCUGGAAAGAAUUACCGGUCGAUAUAAUUUGGUUGAUUAUGGAAAAGUUACACUUGACUGAUAAUAUUCGAUUAGCGGCAGUUUGUAAGGAUUUUCGAUAUGUUUUCACGACACUACCCACCAAGCUCAACUACCGCAGGGAUGAAGUCCCCUGGCUUUUGAUGAUAAAUAAAAGCCUCAACAAUGAGGCUCAAGAUAAUUUGGAUAUUGUUCGAGUUUCAACGGCUCAAACCGCGCUCAAGCUCCGCAUUGAUAAAAAGUUACUCCAUCAUCAAUCCGCCAUUCCUUUGUGCUCCCGAAAGGGAUGGUUACUGGCCGCGGAGGCAGAGACAGCGGGGGACUCUAAAGAUUGUUAUGAUAACAUAUUGAGGAACCAGUGUCGCCUAACUUGUCUAUUUUUACUCCAUCCAAUCACCAAUGAGAAAAUCCGGAUGCCUGGUACCGGCACUGGCAUUUACCGAUUUGCUAUUUCAGUUGUGCACGGAAAACCCAAAUUUGUACUACUUGCUGAUCUGGAUCAAACAAGUGUAGUGAAUACCAUUAUUCUACGAAUAUGGCGUCCUGGAGAGAGUUCUUGGACAGAGAUCGGCCACUUUAGCUCUGAUCUCCACUUCGAGCAACAAAUCUUGGCUCUGUGUGUAGUCGGAGAUUAUAUAUACUGCAUUGAUGAAAGAAGAUGGGUCAAAAUAUACAACAUGAAGAGUUGGGAUUGGGAAGAAAAGGAUAUGGAAAUACCACCUUUGAAUAUUUUUUGUUGUCCAAUCGCGGAAGAUAAAGAUGGGAUUGUUCGAAUGGACACUAACUAUAAGUAUGAUAAUUUGAAGAGAAAAAGAAAAAAUACAUUGAGUCUGGACUUGACAUGUUACAAACUAAAUGAGAAGAAGAUGGAGUGGGAGAUAUUAUGUGAAAGUGAUAUGAAGAACAGAUCCUGGUGCUUAGAAAAAAUUUCAUCCUUUUUGGUUAAAGGAAAACCGCGAAUCUACUUUAACAACGGUGAUUUAGUUGUUUCCGAUAUUUGUCACCCGAUUCAAAACGAUACUGCAACUCGACAUUUGUUCACCCGUGGGAACAAUCCUAUCCCUGGUUAUUCAUCCAGGAGCAGCUACAAGAACCUCUUUUUGUUUGACAUGGACUAAUUUUAUGAAAUCUGCAGAGACUGUGUUAGUUGUAUUUGUCUUUGUAAGAGUGUAUUUUCUAAAGUUAUAAUCAUAAGAAUUUAAGGACACUA